AUUUAUUUUUUCUUUAAUGUUUUAUAAUCUCCAAAUCUUCUCGCCCACGAUCCAACUCACAUUCCAUCCUUUGUUUUUGUUUUUUUUUUCUUUUCUCUUAAAAGAAGAAAAAAUAAAAAAUAAAAGGAAAAAGGAAAAUUUAAAGGAAAUAAAAGAUUCUUGAAGGCAUGGCUUCGGAUUCUUCGUUGAUUGAUUAAGGUUAUUUUAUUUUUUAAAGUUAUGAUCUUUUAUUAAAGGAGGGCUUUGUUUGGAUUCGAAGGGGCAAUCUUGAUAAACAGAUGGGUGGUGUUACUGUUGAUGUCAUGUGGUCUCUUUUCUUUUCUGCUGUUUGGCAAAACGAAAGGCGAGCUCUCUUUUUUCUUCUUCUUCUUUUUCCUGUUUAAAUUUGGGUUGGACUCGAAUUUACUGUCAUUUCUAGAGUUUAUGGAUUGUUUUUCUUGAUUUUGGAGAGUGGUGAAACAGUAUGAAGAGCAAAAUACGGAUUAAACAGCCGAGAAGAGGUGGACUUAGGCGGGAUUUAGGGCAGAUAAUGAAGUGUUUAUGCACUGGAGAACAAUUACGAAAAGUAGACAAAAUGAUACCUUCAUCAGAAUCCCUUGCUGCCAAAGAUUAUUCACUGAGUGGUUAUUCUUCAAAAGUUGGUGUUCCCGAGAAAAAGCCAGAUACUAGGAAUAUAGAAGAAGCUGAAUUGUCCCUGCGUGAAAGUAGUUCACUUAAUUAUGAGGAAGCUAGAGCAUUGCUAGGAAGAAUUGAAUAUCAGAAAGGAAAUAUAGAAGCCGCACUGCAUGUGUUUGAAGGAAUAGAUAUUGCGGCAAUAUCUCCCAAAAUGAAACUCACCCUUUCCAAAAGAGUUGAUCGCCGUAAGAGGCGAUCUCAUGACUAUGCUCCUCCACCGAUGUCUAUACAUGCUGUUAGUUUACUACUAGAAGCGAUCUUUCUAAAAGCAAAAUCAUUGCAGCAUCUCCAGAGGUUUAGAGAAGCUGCUCAAAGUUGUACAGUCAUUCUGGACAUAGUUGAAUCUUCCUUACCAGAAGGCUUGCCUGAAAAUUUUGGUGCUGACUGUAAAUUGCAGGAGACUCUAAUCAAGGCAGUCGAGCUGCUUCCAGAAUUAUGGAAAUUUGGUGAUUCUCCACAUGAAGCAAUCUUGUCCUACCGGCGAGCUCUUCUCCAUCAGUGGAAUCUUGAUGCAGAAACUACUGCAAGGAUUCAAAAACAGUUUGCCAUUUUUCUUCUGUAUUGUGGAGGUGAAGCAAGCCCCCCAAACCUCCACUGCCAAAUCGACAGUUCGUUUGUCCCUAGGAAUAACAUAGAGGAAGCUAUACUCCUGUUAAUGAUACUUCUAAGAAAAGUAUCUUUGAAAAGAAUUGAAUGGGAUCCGUCAAUUUUGGAUCAUUUGUCAUUUGCUUUCUCCAUGUCUGGGGAUUUGAGAGCUUUGGCUAACCAAAUAGAAGAACUGCUUCCAGGGGUUAUUAGCCGCAAAGAGAGAUACAAUUUUCUAGCUCUCUGUUAUUAUGGAGCAGGUGAGGAUUUGGUUGCUUUGAAUCUAUUGCGGAAAUUGUUACAGAGUAAUGAGGAUCCACACUGUGUUCCAGCAUUGUUAAUGGCAUCAAGAAUUUGUGGGGAAAAACCUAAUCUUGCGGAAGAAGGGAUUAAAUUUGCUCAUAGAGCUCUUGAAAGCCUGGAUGAAGAAUGCAGUGAGUUGGAAGGUACUGGUAACCUUCUAUUGGGUCUGGCUCGAUCGACACAUUCAAAAUCAGCCUUAUCUGAUUCUGAGAGGGUGUCCAGACAGUCUGAGGCCCUUCAGGCCUUGGAACGGGCUUGGAAAAUUACAAGUAUGAAAGACCCUAACAUUCUUUACUACCUCUGCCUGGAAAAUGCUGAGCAGAGAAAGUUGGAAGCUGCGCUAUAUUAUGCAAAAUAUUUGCUAAAACUAGAAGGUGGUUCUAACAUUAAAGGGUGGUUGUUGUUGGCUCGCAUAUUGUCAGCUCAAAAACGUUUUGUGGAUGGUGAAAUCGUUCUCAAUGCAGCCUUGGACCAAACUGGCAAAUGGGAUCAGGGAGAAUUAUUGCGCACCAAGGCUAAGCUUCAAAUUGCACAGGGACAGCUCAAGAGUGCAAUCGAGACAUAUAGUCAGCUUCUUGCUGUUCUUCAAGUUCAGAGUAAAAGCUUUGGUUCUGGCAAAAGGCUCCAUAAGGAUCGUUCUUCAAGAAGUUUCGAACAGGAGAUAUGGCAUGAUCUAGCUUAUCUGUACAUAAGCUUGUCACAGUAUCAGGAUGCUGAGAUUUGCCUUUCAAAAUCCAAGGCCAUCAAUUCUUACUCUGCUAUUAGAAGUCAUGCCACUGGUGUACUUUAUGAGGGAAAAGGCUUAUUAAAAGAAGCUCUGGAGGCUUACUGGAAUGCUUUGGGCAUGGACCCGAAUCAUGCCCCAAGCUUGAUAUCUGCAGCGGUUGUGUUGGGACAACUUGGCGGCCAAUCUGAUGCAGUGGUGAAAAGCUUGCUGAUGAAUGCUCUCCGAGUUGAUAGAAUGAAUCCGUCAGCAUGGUAUACUCUGGGUCUCCUUCACAAAGAUGAAGAUUCUCCGUCUUCACUAUGUGAAGCAGCUCAAUGCUUUGAGGCUGCAGCUAUUCUUGAAGAAUCGGCACCUGUUGAGCCUUUCAGAUAGCAUAACACACUUCUCCCUGCCAAUUUUCUGUAAAUCAUUACAUGUUUUCUACACAUUCUGUCCUGACAAUUAUGUGUUCUAUGUUCUUCAUAUAUAUAUAAAAUACAAAUAGCAAUA